ACUCCUCUCAUCUCCUAACUUUCUCCAUUUGUGGGCAGUUUUCAUAAAUCAGUAGAUAAUUCGAGUCAAUAAUAACAAUAUUUAUAUUUCAAUAGUUUAUGUAAUUGGACAAAGAAGAUAUAGAGUUAUGCUGAAAUCACUCAACCAACUUUAGUAGUAAUCAAGCUGGAUUUAGCGUGAUUCGAUCCACUUACCAAAUAUAGCGAGAGAGAGAGAUUUAUGGAGAACUAGUAUUUUUGUAUAUGAGUAUGAUGAGAAGAUAUUCGGCUACUCAAUACUCAAACACAAUGAGCCUCCAAAGUUUAUCAUCUCUUAUUCUCAUCGUCACUCUCUUUUCCUCUCCUGCUUUUGCUCUUAAAAAGUCCUACAUAGUGUACUUGGGCUCUCACGCCCAUCCUCCUCAAAUCUCUUCUGCCCAUCUCGAUGGUGUUGCUCACUCACAUCGCACUUUCCUCGCCUCUUUCGUUGGAAGCCAUGAAAAUGCACAAGAAGCCAUCUUUUACUCAUACAAGAGACAUAUCAAUGGCUUCGCCGCAGUUCUUGACGAAAAUGAAGCUGCAGAAAUCGCCAAGCAUCCUGAUGUUGUCUCUGUAUUGCCAAACAAAGGAAGAAAACUUCAUACCACUCAUUCAUGGAAUUUCAUGCUCCUUGAGAAAAAUGGUGUUGUUCACAAGUCCUCUCUCUGGAAUAAAGCAGGAUACGGACAGGACACAAUCAUCGCUAACUUGGACACAGGUGUGUGGCCUGAGUCAAAAAGCUUCAGCGAUGAAGGGUAUGGAGCUGUUCCAGCUAGGUGGAAAGGUAGAUGCCACAAGGAUGUUCCUUGCAACAGGAAGCUCAUUGGUGCUAGAUACUUCAACAAAGGUUACUUAGCCUUCACAGGUCUUCCCUCUAACGCCUCCUUGGAAACCUGUCGCGACCACGAUGGUCACGGUAGCCACACUCUUUCCACCGCGGCAGUCGGAGCUAGCUCCAUGGACCGAGAGUUUCAAGCCUUUGUUGAGCUGAACAACGGCCAAAGCUUCAAGGGAACAAGCCUCUCAAAGCCUUUGCCCGAAGAUAAGAUGUAUAACCUCAUCAGUGCUGAAGAAGCUAAAGUUUCCAAUGGAAAUGCGACUGAUGCAUUGCUAUGCAAGAAAGGUAGCCUAGACCCGGAGAAGGUGAAAGGGAAGAUCGUGGUGUGUCUCAGAGGAGACAACGCACGUGUGGACAAAGGACAGCAAGCACUCGCUGCUGGAGCUGCGGGAAUGAUUCUAUGCAACGACAAGGCGAGUGGAAACGAAAUCAUCUCAGACGCUCAUGUUCUUCCUGCUUCUCAAAUCGACUACAAAGAUGGUGAAGCUUUGUUUUCGUACCUAAGUUCCACAAAAGAUCCCAAAGGUUACAUCAAAGCACCUACCGCUACGCUGAACACAAAGCCUGCUCCUUUCAUGGCCUCUUUCUCUUCCAGAGGACCUAACUCCAUCACACCAGGGAUCCUCAAACCUGACAUCACUGCACCCGGUGUCAACAUCAUCGCCGCCUUCACGGAAGCCACAAGCCCAACGGACUUAGACUCUGACCAUCGAAGAACUCCUUUCAACACCGAAUCAGGAACCUCCAUGUCAUGUCCUCACAUCUCAGGUGUCGUUGGUCUCUUGAAGACUCUUCACCCCCAAUGGAGUCCUGCUGCUAUCCGCUCAGCCAUCAUGACAACUUCACGAACCAGAGACAACAGACGUAAGCCAAUGGUUGAUGAAUCCUUUAAGAAAGCAAAUCCCUUCAGCUACGGCUCAGGUCAUGUCCAACCCAAUAAAGCCGCCCAUCCUGGCCUUGUCUAUGAUCUCACAACAGGAGACUACUUGGACUUCCUCUGCGCCGUUGGCUACAACAACACCGUAGUUCAACUCUUUGCCGAGGACCCACAGUACACGUGUCGCCAAGGAGCCAAUCUUCUCGACUUCAACUACCCUUCAAUCACUGUCCCAAACCUCACGGACUCUAUCACCGUCACUCGCAAACUCACGAACGUUGGACCGCCUGCUACCUACAACGCUCACUUCCGAGAGCCACUUGGAGUUAGCGUCUCCGUGGAUCCCAAACAGCUCACGUUCAACAAAACUGGUGAAGUGAAGACAUUUCAGAUGACUCUUCGUCCCAAGUCAGCGAAGCCUUCUGGCUACGUCUUCGGAGAGCUGACGUGGACUGAUUCACAUCAUUACACGAGAUCCUCUUCCUCACCCUCGCCUGACCACCGCCGCGAAAGCCAGCUGCAAAUCGCCGAUCCCACUUCGUUUUGCGGCAAGAUUUUACCUGGUUGGACCGUCGUGAAUCGCCCGCGAUCUAGCAGAAACGGCAGUGUUGAUACGUACUUUAUCGAGCCAGGGACUGGUAGACAGUUUUCAUCUCUAGAAGCUAUUCACAGACACUUGGCUCGAGAAGUAAAUGACAGACGUUUGACUCGAGCACCAUCCUUCUUCCAGGAUAUGACAAGGGUUUAUGAAGGAUCUAGAAUCAAACAGGAUCACCGCAGAGUUGAAUAUGCCUCCAAGGGUUUCCGAUUGCCUAGAGGAUGGUCCGUUGAGGAGGUUCCGAGGAAAAACUCUCAUUAUAUUGAUAAGUAUUAUGUUGAGCGAAAAACAGGAAAGCGCUUCCGUUCUCUUGUUUCCGUUGAGAGAUACUUAAGAGAAUCCGGUAACCGUAUAGAUCAGCAGCUUAUGGUUUUACAGAAUCGCCGAGGUCAUUCCAAAGAUUUCAGUUUACCUGAUGGAUGGAUCGUUGAGGAGAAACCGCGAAGAAAUUCCAGUCAUAUAGACAGGUCUUAUAUUGAGCCGGGAACAGGGAAUAAAUUCCGUUCCAUGGCAGCCGUCGAGAGAUACUUGCAAGCAGUCGAGAACAGUACAGUUAACAUGGUGCAUUCCGAGCAGCUUGCUCUUCUGAUGAACCGGAAUGGUACCAGAUUUCAGAACGAAGUUAUCGACCCAAACCCACCGAAGAAAGUUAAGUGGGUCCUUACUGGUCCAGGCGGAGACAAGUUUACUGCGAAUGUAAGCGGAUCGGAUGUCUCUAGCUUGGUUAAACAGACAUGGUCCGAGGCGUUUGUUUCACUAAUCCAAGACCGCUCUUAACCGAUAUCUGAAUCCUAGGUUUGGCCUUUUCGUGGCCGGUUUAUCAAUUUGGUUUACGGUUAACAAGAGCUAAUCCAGUCGGCAGUCUCUUCAAGUUGUUCAUACAGUACUUUUGUCUAGUUUAUAUAACUGAACUGACCAAAAUAACCGGUUUUGCCAAAUUUUUCAAGUUCAUGUUUGAUGUUAACCGGAUUUUGGUAAUUCGGGCAGGUAUGUUAGUGCUCAUAUUAAGUUUGGGGACUUUAAAUCGGAUUGUGUCUGUAGUAAGGUGUAAAUAAUGGUUAAAAUUUUCA